AAAACAUGAGCCAAAUUAGAAGAACAAACUUUGUUUUCAGUCGGUUCGGGUCAUUAUGACCCGUGCCCAUGAUCGGCUCAACUACAUUGCAAAGAGAACUCGACUUUGAAAUCUCUCUGAAGCCAAUCAAACAACAGAUCUACAUAAUCAUGAAGUGCUGAAAUUUCAUUCAUUGGUGCUUGGGUCUCCUGUGUCCCACUCAGUAGCCAACAUGAAGGCCAUCAUUUUCAUGCUGAUUGUGUCCCUUGUCGGUAGUCAAAAGCUGAAAUAUGAGCCUGACUUCUCUGAUGGCCUGGUGCAUAUUUACAAGUAUGAGGGCGUUAUUCUGUCUGGACUUCCAGAAAAUGGUCUGAGCAGAGCUGGUGUGAAAAUAAACUGCAGACUGUCCAUUAUUCCAUGUGGACAUGCCACCUAUCUCCUUAAGAUCAGGGAUUUUCAGAUUCAGGAAUACAGUGGAGUGUGGCCCUCAGAACCCUUCACCUCGGCACACAAGCUGACACGGAGACUGGCUCCUGAGAUGACCAAGCCUGUGAAGUUCAAGUACAGCAAUGGCCAAGUGGGUAACAUCCUGGCCCCGGCCAACCUGCCGGAAGGCAUCCUGAACAUUCACAGAGGCAUCCUCAACAUCUUCCACAUCACCAUCAAGAAGUCACAGAACUUCUAUCAGUUGCAAGAGGCUGGAAUUGAAGGAGUUUGUCUUACAAAUUACAUCAUCCAGGAAAACAAGAAAGCCAAUCGCAUCACUGUCACCAAAUCGAAGGACCUGAACAACUGUCAGGAGAAGGUUAUGCUGUUCACCGGUACUGCCUAUUCAAGUCACUGCCCUGUUUUUAAACAGAAAGGCAGGAACAUCCGAGCCGCUGCAAAUUUCAUCCAGGUCCUGAAGCCAACAGCUUCUGGCGCGAUCCUGCAGGAAGCCAGAGUCCGCGAGGUGCACCAGUUCACACCCUUCCAUGAGCAAGACGGAGUGGCUGUAAUUGAGGCAAGACAGAACCUUGCACUGGUUGAAGUCAAAGCUGCCACUAGGAGCCUGCCACAGGUUCAGUUUGUAGAGCGGGGGACACUGAGGUAUCGUUACAGCGGGGACGUGCUACAGAAACCUUUACAACUAACUCAUCUACAAAACAUCAAAAAAGCGAUUGUAGAAACGCUGAAGCAGCUGGAAGCCCACUCAGUGCCGAAGGUCCACUCCGACACACCGGCCACGUUUCUGCAGCUCGUCCAGCUCCUCCGGUCCACCUCGGAGAACACCAUCACCUCCCUGUGGGAUAACAACCACAGUGCACAGACCCGGCGCUGGAUUCUGUUUGCGCUUCCCGCUACUGGCACAGUCGACGCACUGCGGUUCAUCAAGACCAAGAUCCAGCGGUUCGAGGUCACGAUGCGUGACGCGGCCCAGACUCUAGCCCUCGCCAUGCAUCAGGUCACAGCUGACCCUCACACCCUGUUGAUCGUCAAGCAAUUACUGGUAAUGAUCCAAGUGCAACAGUCGCCUGUCCUUCGCCCGCUUGUUUUCCUGGGCUACGGUUCGAUGGUUUACCGGUACUGUGCAGACCAGCCAACAUGCCCCAGCAGUGUGCUUACGCUGCUCCACAGUUUUCUGACGGACUCUGCAGCUCAGAGCAAUGAGGAGGACAUGACCCUUGCCCUGAAGGCAAUUGGCAAUGCAGGGCAGCCAGGGAGCGUGAAGUAUAUCAUGAAACUCUUACCCAGCUCCCGAGCACCGACCACCAACGUCCCGCUCAAAAUCCAAGUCGACGCGGUUAUGGCACUGCGUAACAUUCUGAGGAAGGACCCAACAAAGGUGCAAUCCGUAACCCUGUGGGUAUUUAUGAACAAACAGAGUCACCCUGAACUAAGGAUGUCUGCUUGUGCAGUCUACCUGUCCACCAAGCCUCCUCUGAAUGCUGUGCUCAUUCUCGCCAAUUCCUUGCUGAAAGAGACCAACCUGCAGGUGGCGAGUUUUGCCUACUCACUGCUAAGAUCGCUGUCAAGAAGUUCCCUCCCAUCCCUCAACCCCCUGGCUGCUGCUAGCAAGAUGGCUUUAAAACUCUUGGAGGCCAGAUAUGACCAGUUUGGCUUACGGUUCAGUCAUGGUUUUCAUCUUGAUGUGUUCAGCUAUAAACUGAUGACAGGAGCAGCUACUAAAGUUGUCCUUAUGAAGGAUGUGGGGAGCCUUAUUCCAUCCGUAGCAGCAGCCAAAGUCUCAGGAUACACGUUGGGAGCCUUUGCAGAUCUUCUGGAGGCUGGCUUACGAAUGGAAGGUCUCCAGGAAGCCAUCAUGAAAAAUCGGGCGAAAGUCCAGGGAAUUCCCGACAUGAAGCAAAUCCAACGCAUUUUAAAUAAGAUCCCCAAUUUAAAAUCUGUGCCAGAGAAAGUCCCACUUGCUUCAGCAUACCUGAAGGUAUUUAAUCAAGAAAUCGCCUUUGUCGACUUCAGAAAGGAUUAUAUUCACAAAGUGAUCGAGUUAUUGUCUGGUGUGGAUGUGAGACAUGGCGCACUGCAGAAAAUAAUAGACCGGCUCAGAAAGCCUAUGGAAUUGCAUCUGUCAGCGGCCUUGGUGACAUCGGAGGUACGCCGCUUUGUCCCGACGUGCCUGGGUCUCUCCACAGAACUGUCCCUUCUCUCGGCAGUGGUGGCUGAAGCUGCCCUUAAGGUUGCUGCCAGCAUCCCGGCCACCACCUCCACCUUGUCUCAGUUACUUACUGCCAACAUUGAACUGAAGGCUCAGGUUAACCCAAGUGUGGCUCUAUACAGCAAGGCCGUCCUGGGUAUAAAGGCACCAUUUCUCCAGUCUGGUCUGGAGUUCACCGCAAGGUUCCAGUCGACUCUACCUGUGGAUGUAGCGAUAAAGAUAAACGCAAAAGAAGGCAUUUUGCAGAUUAGCAGUGUUCCACUUCAGAAAGAGAACCAGAUAAUGAUUCUGAAAUCUGAGGUGUUUGCUGUUUCACGGAGCAUCGAGAAUUCGGUGGCAGAGAAAGUGGCACCCAUCUUACCCGAAAUCAAGGAAGCAAACAUUGUGAAUCAAAAAUUCAAGAUGUCACAGGAAAGUGAGAGUGAUGAUGUCAUUUGUCUUGGGAUUGGAUCAGAUGGAGCUGAGUGUUUGGACAAUGCCGAGCGGCCUUCACCAAAGCCUUGGGUACAUCACUCUUGUAUCAGGAUGCCUCAUUUCAGCUUUGAGGUGUGCCUGGACAUGAAAGUUGAAAACCUCCUUUAUGUCCAACACUGUCCGCUGUACAGGCUGAUGGGAACCCAUGUUGUCAGAGUGUUAGCCAGACCAGUCCAUUCUGAGAUGGAGAUCAAAAGGCUGGUGCUGGAAGUUCAGGCAGGGCCAGAAGCUGGUGCAAAAGUGAUUCGACUUCUGGAGAAAGAGAGGCUUCCGCUUGAACGAACUAAUGGGCGAACUUUGUUAAUGAAAGGAUCACACACUCAGUCCAGGUUGCGAAAUCAGACUACCACCGGAGGUUCCUCACCCGGCAGCCGUUCCUCGCCGAGCAGAGAAUCUUCUCAGAGCUAUUCUUCGUCGAGUGGCCAGUCCCUCCACAGGCACCACAGCCCUGACGAGGUCGGGAGCAGGACGCCAUCGGCUGGAGGGGUUUCCACCUCAAAACCCAGGCAGCAAAGCAGUAGCAAUGAAUCUUCUGAGGAGCUGGAUCAGGUUGGAGAGCUCGGUCCCACUGUACUCGUCGUCAUCGCCAAAGCCGUGAGGUCAGAUGGCAACUUGCAGGGCUACCAGCUGACUGGCACAGUGGAAAGCGCAAGUGGCAGGCCAAGAGUCCACCUGCGUGUCGUGGAGCUGGACGAUGACAGCAGCUGGAAGAUGUGUUUGGAUGCCAGCAGUCCUAGACCAUACAAGGCAAAGGUGAUGUACAGAUGGGGUAAAAACUGCGAGAAGUAUAAGAUAACAUUCCAGGCAUUGCUGGGAUAUCUUGCAAACCAUCCGGCUCUGAAAAUUCAAACUAAAUGGGCCUCUAUGCCUAAGGGCUACGCAACCGGCAGCAGAAUAAUUGGGUCAGGAUUCGCUUAUCUACUGGGAUUUUCCAACAGAUUUAAAGACAAUCCCUCUCAUCAGAUUACACAGCUGAUCGCCCUCACCUCUCCACGGACUGUCAAUACAAUCGUGAAGCUACCCAGGUCUACCAUCUAUUACCAAGGCUUUGAGCUGCCCGUUCCUCUGCAUAUUCCUGAGCCUGCACCGAUCGUGAGAGCGCAAGGAUUCGAGAGCAUUGCUAAAAUUCCACAUCUUCUUCUGACAAUUCAUCAAAACGAAUGCACUGUAACGAAUGACCGAGUUGUCACCUUUGACAGUAACGAACUGAAUUAUCACAUACCCAAUGACUGCUUCUACGUUUUGACCAAGGACUGUACCCCCACUCCAGCCUUUGUGAUGCUAAUGAAGCGCGCUGAGAGUCAGCAAACAAAGAAGAGAAUCAAACUGCUUGUAUCGGCCACCAAUACUGUAAUUGAAGCUUAUCCCACAGAGGAUGGAGUCAAGCUCAUGGUGGACUCCGUUGAAACCACUCUGAGAGACGAACAAACGGUGUUAAGUGAUAUCAUCACCAUUCAAAGGAACGGGAUAGGAAUUACUCUGCAAGCCCCGUCAAUCAGUAUUGAGAGCUUGUACUUUGAUGGGGAGAAAAUCCAGACGGCCCUCGACCAGAUGAUGGGGAAGACGUGUGGACUCUGUGGCCUCAACAAUGGUGAGAAGAAGUUGAUCAUGCCCAACCACGAGGAGGCCAGAGACGUGGAGCACCUUUUCGAGUCCUGGUUGUGUCCAGGAACCUCCUGCAAAGAUGACUGCCGAGUCCGACGGGAAUUUGUGGAAUUGGGAAGGAUCAUUGAUUUUGAAGGACAGGCAUCUAGAUGCUAUUCAGUCGAACCAGUACAGCGGUGCCUGGCCCAAUGUACACCUAUGGAAACUCGGUCUCGUCAUGUCAACUUCCACUGCGUACCCUCCAAUCGCGCUGUGAAUGCAUCUACCAUGUCCAGCUUCCAUUGGAGAGCAACACACAUCAGUCUCCCUACAGACUCACACACAGACUGCACAUGUCAGUGUGCCAAGACAUAAGGUCACCAUGUCUGUCUACAGUAUAGAGCUUAUCUUCCUCUUCUACAUUGCCAAAUAUUUGUUUUUUGGCCGAGGAUUUACACGGCCACGCUUUGCUGAAUGGCUGAGAUACUCUGAAGCAGGAAAUGUGUAAUUUAAUCAGGAAUUUUAAAAUCUGAAUAAAAUAUUCAUUCAUCAACAAUUGUGAACAAUAUAGCUGUCUUGAUGAAUGAUUUCACUCAAAUGGUGAUGCAAUUAUUGUGACAACGACUGAAUAAAUUAAACCACAAACAAGCCUUUCUGGUGUAAGACUGGUAAAUUGGUUUAUUGUUGUCAUAUGUACUGAGCUACAGUGAAAGACCUGCCUUGCAUACUGUCCAUACAGAUCAUUUCAUCACAGCAGUGCAAGGGGAAGCAAUGAAAUGCACAAUAAAGAGUUACACUUACA